AUGUCUUUAACAUCAGAUGGGAAUAAAAAUGAAUGGAAGACUGUUAUAAAUGAUGACGGAAAUAUUAAUAUUCUGGAAAAAAUUCCAACAUUAAAAAAUAUUCUUCAAAAGUAUGAUAAUAAAAAUGAAGAUAAUUUAAUUCAUAAGAGUAGUAUAAGAAAAAAAAAUCCAACAAAUUAUAGAAGAGCUCCUAUAAUAUAUGAAUGGACAAGUCCUUCAAAAUCUAAUGAAGAUAUAUUUAAUAAUUUUUUCACACAAGAUAAUAGUCAUGAAGUUAAUACUCCAUUUAAAUUAUCAGAAAAGGAAAAUGAGAUAAAAUUUGACACAACUACAAUAAACUAUCCAUUUAAUCAAAAAUCAUUAAAAUUUUUUCAAUCACCCCAAUAUUUCAAUUCACAUUAUAAUCAUAAAAUGGAUUUUUCAAUACCAUGGUUUGGAGCACGUUUUUUUGAGAAACACCAACCAAUUCCUAGUUCUGUAUCAUUACCUGAUUUUGUUAGGCAACAUACAAUAAAUACUUAUGGAAAUGGAAGACAUCUUUUUGAUGAAAUGCAAGUAAAACUUAAUAAUCUUUUUAAAGAUUUUAACUUUUAA